GCAAAGGUUGAGACAAGGUAGUUCGUUGCGUUUGAGCUCAUGCGAGGUGGCUUUUCAUCCAUCUGCUGAUUAUCUCCCACUUACGGCACUUGAAGGACAAAACUUGACAGAAAGGAGGUUUUUCGUGGUUUCCCGUAUCUUCAAGACUUCGAAGCCAUUGCAGUCGUUUGAGUUCCAAAACCGGGAAAUGGACGCCAGGUCACCAUCAACGCCAGCGCCGACUGUUAAUCGCGCAAACCAGGAUGGAGGCAAAUCACGGCGAAAGAAGAGCCAUGCAUAUGCUCGAAGUCCAACUCCAGGCAUUCGCAGCCCUUCGAGUGGUGUCUUGCCCGAUAGAGCCCAUCGGGCCUCCAGUGGAACCCAGAUGGCUCCCACAGCGGAAACCAAUAGGACAAUUCGUGAGCCUCGGAGUCCAACUCCAGGCAAUCGUAGCCCUUCGAGUGGGGCCUUGCCUGAUAGGGCCCAUCGGGCGUCCAGUGGAACCCAGAAGGCUCCCACAGCGGAAACCGGUAGGAAAAUUCGUAAGCCUCGAAGUCAAACGCCAGGUAAUCGUAAGCGUUCAAGCGGUGUCUUGCCCGUCAAGGCUUAUCGGUCGACAAGCGGCGCUCGAGCGGCACCCCCAGUGACGACAGUUAGGACCGUUCGUGACAAGAGGAUGCCAAAGCGAGCGACGGAUGAUGCCACACCCACUGCAGGCCUGUCACCAUCAACUACCGGAGGCAGUACUCAUGCACGGGAAAAGGACCUGCAGUCACAACCUACACCAUAUUCAUCGACAGUACAAGCCGUGGAUGGAGACGCUUUGAAACCGCUGGACGGCCAUAGUGAUUUCAGGAAGAAAGACUCCUACGCGGGGAAAGGCAUACCUGCGCCGAAAGAAGAGACAGACUCGACGCCGUAUGACAGAACUCUUGGGCCAUCUGUGCAACAGACUACGAGUGCAACUUUAAGCCUCGUGCGGCCAUCGGAAUCCACCGGCAUUGUGGAUAAUGCGGCCUCUGCUACCAAGGGGGCGGAUGAUAAACAGGAAGGAAGCACCGUGUGUAGAAGUCGAGGCUUCUUCGCUGAUGGACCUAGCACAGAUCUGAAGUCGGGCCUCGAGCCAGAGCUGACGCCAUUUCAGCCGAACAAACGACGAUCACUUUCAUUCCUGGAAGUCAAGCACAGUGACGCAAUACGUGUCCCGCUGACCACGACGGUCAGGCCUACGCUUGACGGUCCCACGAUUCAGCAAGCAAGAGUAUCACAACAAGCGGCCGCUCCUGCUGCCACAGAGAAGCCCCGCCGUGGUACUCAACAGGCUCAGGCGAGCUACUACUUGUCGAUGAAAGACUUGGCGGCAUCCCAUCAGUCAGACUCACAGGCACGACGGUUCACUGUUCCGCACGUGCCCUACGGACCUGUGAGAUUCCACUGGACUAUGGCGCUGCCCGUGGCCACCGUGCUUCUGAUCGCUGCUCUGUUCUUUCUUUCGCCGCUUUGGGGACGACGAGCUUCAGUUGGGCGCAUUCGUGGCACGUGCACCACAGACGAAUGCAACCGCGUCGCGGACAUGCUGGCGAAGUCACUGAACCGCACAGAAGACCCGUGCGUCGACUUCGACUCGUUCGUCUGCUCCAGAUGGAAGCCGAGGAGCGAGUUCAUCUCCAACUUCGAGAUCGAAAUGAAUCGGAUACACAUGCGGCGCGUGGCCGACCUCCUGCUCAACGGGAAGCCCCACUUCAGUGCGUCGGCCAAGUCCACGAGAUUCAUUCGCAAAUGUACGGGGCAAACUGAAAACCAGGAAAAAUUGAAGGCGUUGACCGACUUUGCGGACCGCCUCGGUAUCCCGUGGCCAUACAACAAGACGGCCGGUGAUUCAAUCAACGUCAAUCCACUUCUCGUCGUCUUCGAGCUCAGUGUUAGGUGGGGUAUCUACAUCUGGUUCGACGCCAUCUUCCGCGCACUCGGCACGGGAAGGAAAGCCCAGCGUGCCUUCCACAUUCAGGUAACCGACAAACCUUCGGCUUGGCUCAAUUUCGUGCGCACGUUGGAAAGAAAUAACGCCCGCGAGAGGUACUACCAGGACUUCUGCCGCCUCUACCAUGUAGAGUGCCAGAGUGGCACCGAACUUCAGCGGCUGUUCAAUGUAGAAAGCGCCGUGCUGUUGAUUCUGGACAACGCCAUAGAUCGGGGACGGAAUCGUAUUGCCAAAAUGAAGACUAAAAAGCUGGCGGACCUCACACUCAACGUGACUCUUGAAGAAUGGACGGCUUUGGUCAAAGUUCACGCGCCUGAAUUCCAUGACCCGCGCCAGUUCCCCUUCUACUUCUCCAACGCAAUGCUGCCGGUUGCCAUAAACGACAUCUUCUACACACACAGGCGCGCAGACAUUAUGGAGCACUUGGCGUGGCGGUUUGUUCAGCAGCAUACUGUCCUUGGCUCGCCGAGAGGUCUCCUCAUUUUUGCCGGAAACUCAGAGAGCGCAGCAAAGCUCAUGUCUAUUCACUGCUACAACAUGGCUUCAGAAAAGCUGGGCAUCCUCCUGGCGGCGGAAAGCGCGGUCAGCCUGUUCACGGCCGCCGAAAGGCAACGCGCGACAAGUCUUCUCAAGAAUCUCACCGACUUGGCUAUCAACACGGUGAACCUGCUACCUUGGAGCGAAAACGGCAGGCGCUACGUGGCUUCCAAGAUGGCUCGUCUUGAUGUUGUGAUGUUUCCCGAAAACUUGGAAAACUUAGAUGAAGACCUGUCUUAUAUGUACAGUGGGUUCCUGGAUAUGAAACAACACUCGAAUGAUUCUCUGUUGGACUACUGGCUCGACGCCACAGAAGCAUUGCAGAAUCUCAACGACACCAGCUACGAAUUUAUGCAGUUCAGGUGGCGUACCUACCUGCAGGAGUUGAUUGACUACGAAUACUGGUCAAACCAGCUGCGGGUGUCCCAGGCCGCGCUGGAGGCUCCACUGUUCAGCGCAAGCAGCGCGGCUGUACUUCGAGCUGCGACCUUCGGAGGCUUUGGAGCCUUGUACUUGUCACGCAUUUUCGGAAUUAUGAACCCCUCAAUGAUCAAGGCGGACCAAAGAGCUGACAUGGCGCGGCAGGUCGGCCUCGACAUUAUGGAAAUGACCCUAGGGUCACUGGAGUGCAGCUCCGACUUCGACGGCGUCCUAAGUGACAGCGUAGCCUUAGUGACCGCAUGGCAUGCGUUGAAGCAUUCCGCGCCUCCAGCUGCCAAAGACAUAAAUCGCCUGUUGAGCAUUGGAAACAGCUCCUUCACCGGCGAGCAGGUCUUCUUCCUCGCCUUCUGUCUCAGCCUCUGUGACGUGGACAUUCCGCAUCGCUGCAACGUGCGCUUGAAUAACUUCGCUCCCUUCAGCGAGGCGUUCUCUUGCCCAUUGGGAGCCCCAAUGCACGUACCUGAUCGUUGCGGCCUAAUUACCGGCUUGCACGAUAACCUGAAGAACCGAAGCCUGGCAGAAUCUCACCAGUAGGGUGACGGGGCAAUUCCACCGGCUUACGCUGCGCUUAAAGUU